AUGUCUUCACCCAGAAACGUUCGAGAAGUGCAGAGGCUGACGGGGUGCCUUGCAGCAUUGGGGCUCUUUCUGUCCCGAUCGGCCGACAAAAGCUUGUUAUUCUUCAGGGCCCUAAAAAGAAAAGAGUUCGACUGGGAUAAGGAGGCUGAAGAGGCGUUCCAGCAACUAAAGCAACACCUAGCAACGCUACCGAAACUCAUAUCUCCCUUGCCGGGAGAGACUUGUUACAUAUACCUCUCGGUAUCGAAGCAUGCGCUCAGCGCUGUACUGGUGGCGGAAAGAGAAGCGGCUCAACACCUAGUCUACUUCAUCAGCCAUGCAUACCGAGGAGCAGAGUCGAGGUAUAGCGAGGCCGAGAAGAUUGUGUUCGCUCUAGUAAUGGCGAGCAGGAAGUUGAAACCUUAUUUCCAAGCACAUCCAAUCAUUGUCCUAACCGGACAACCCAUUAGGAAGCUAAUUGAGAACAAGAAUCAUUCAACCAGAAUGACCGAAUGGGCGGACCAGCUGGCCAACUACGGGUUGGAGUAUGAGCCUCGUCGGGCAAUCAAGGCACAGGCCUUAGCGGAUUUCAUCAGUGAAUGCUGCUCUCGCCCUGAGGAUAUUGAAAUAAGGGAGUCGUGGGAAUUGCAAGUAGAUGGUUCUGCGACCAAGUCGGGAAGCGGGGCCGGAUUGGUCAUCAUACCCUCUGUCGGGGACAAGAUGGAGUAUGCGGUGAAAUUUGACUUCCUCGCCUCAAACAACGAGGCCGAGUAUGAAGCACUGAUCCUGGGCGUACAGAUUUGCAUCACAGCGGGGGCUCAGAACAUGCUGGCGAAAUCCGACUCCCAACUAAUAGUAGGGCAAGUCUCGGGUGAGUACGAAGCUAAGGAGGACAAUAUGAGGAUGUAUCUCAACAAGACCCGACAGCUAAUUCAGAAGCUGACUUCAUUCAAAAUCCAGCAUUUUCCCCGAUCUGAGAACCAACAGGCUAAGGCCCUUGCCCGUAUGGCUAGCUCAGCAGAAGGGCUAGCCCCUCGUAGCAUAAUUUGGGAAGUUCUCGAGCAGCCAAGCAUCAACUCUUUGGAAGUGCAUACUUUGAACCACACCGACACCUGGAUGGCAGAAAUCAUAGGGUAUCUCCGGGAUGGAGUCUUGCCUAUAGAUGAGAAGGAGGCUGAAGCCCUUAAAAAGAAGGCGGGGUGGUUUCUCUGGCAUGAGGGCCACUUGUAUAAAAAAUCUUACACCCACCCGCUACUGAAAUGCGUGACUCCAUUCGAGGGAAAUUACAUUUUGAGGGAAAUCCACGAAGGGGCUUGCAGUAGUCAUCAGGGAGCCAUGACAAUAGUCGGGAAAGCUCUAAGGGCGGGGUACUAUUGGCCUACCCUAAAACAUGAUGCAGAGGUCUUGGUGAGGAAGUGCCCUAAUUGCCAACUCCAUGGAGAUAUACCUCGAGCUCCGACCAAUCAGCUAACCACCAUCCAAGCGUCUCCAUUUGACAAGUGGGGAAUGGACCUAUAG